AUGUCUUCUCCAACAGGCACUACCUCUGCUACCAACUUCAAGGCUGAUCGCGACUCCUACUUCGAGCCAUCUCCUGCAAGCACCUUCAGUGGCAGUGCGUCAAGUAAUGCUGGGGAUGGUGACUUCCCCCGGACUCCUGGUGAUGAAAGUGACCUCAUGAGCAAGCUCUCUGAGCUCUCUGUCAGCGAUGGAAAGGCUACGGCUCGUUACUCGCCACCAUUCGUCCGCAAUGGCUCUGAGAGCAAGGUCGAUGAUCCGUUCACUUCCCCGCAGCCCUUUUCAGUACAACGAACUCCAACUGGACCAAAAUCCAAGGGCCGCUCAUCCAAGGAGGACAGUUGGCGCUCCGGUGCUUCUUCAGGUUCAGAUUCAGGAUGUAGCUCCCCAUCUGUCACUGGACUGAUUCAUAGCGCUCAUGGCGGCCGUGGUGUAUUCAUUCAGGAGUGUUUAUCCGAAGAUGGUGAUCUCAAGACGAACGAGCAAGUUCUCAUCAAGUCCGAGGAUGCUCAGGCUAUUUUCCCACCAUCCAGCUGCGUCUUCGUCGCCAAGUAG